AAACUACUUUAUAGUAGGUGGUUUGUGAUAAAAACUACGGGAAUGGUUAUUCCUGAAUCCGAAUCAGCAAAAAAACGCAACUGAAUGUAACGUGUCUUUUAAUGUAAGGUUAGAUUUGUGGAAUACGGAAGGUUUUAAAUAUAGUUAUUGCCGAAUUGCGAAAUCUUGUAAUUUAUAGAAUAUGUCUCAAAACGAGGAACAAACGAUAGACGCUUUCAUGAGUUUGGGUCUAAGCAAACAAAAGUCCAUUGAAACAUUGAAAAAUGUAACCCUUACCAAGAACCUAAAUAGUAUUUUGAGAGAAGUAGGGUGUUUUGAACUAUCUCAAGGAGCUAGGACGCUGCUAUAUCAUUUGGGGACUAAAAUAAAACCCCAAAUAUCUCACCAUUUACCUCUUUUAGUGGAGUACAUCUCUUCAAAUAAAUUAGAUUCAUCAAUUCGUGUAGACAAAGCAAUUGAAUUUGCUCUUUCGCAUAUAAAAGAGAUCAACAUUGACGAGCUUGAGAAAUUUUGUGGGGUAGGAGUUGUUGUGACACCAGAAGAAAUUGAAAAAGCAGUUGAGAAACAAAUAGUCGUCAACAGAGGUGAACUGUUGAAAAACCGCUACCGAUUUAACACAGGUCCUCUGAUGCAGAAAGUAAGAAGUGAAUUACCUUGGGCAGAUGGUAAAGCAAUAAAAAGUGAAGUUGAUUUACAAGUAUUUGAUUUACUUGGUCCAAAAAUUGAAGCAGAUCUGGUUCCAGUAUCAAAAAGUGAGAAAAAAUCUUCCAAACCUGUGAGAAAUGAACCCAAACCCAAAUCCUUUGUUCAAGAAAAAAAUGAAAUUGAGGAUCAAGGUCUUACAAUACUUGACGUAAUGAAAAAAGUAAAUUUUCAUGCUCCUGGAGAAAACUACAAAACCGAAGGUUAUGUGGUAACUGAGUACACACAUAAGUUAUUGAAAGAUCAUUUGAAAACCACUAGUGGACUGGUUCGAACUAGGUUCCCUCCAGAACCAAAUGGUAUUCUACAUAUUGGCCAUGCCAAGGCAAUCAAUAUCAAUUUUGGAUAUGCAGCAGCAAAUAAUGGAGUUUGUUUUCUCCGUUAUGAUGAUACGAAUCCUGAAAAAGAAGAAGAGAAAUUUUUCAUUGCCAUAAAAGAUAUGGUUACAUGGCUAGGUUAUACGCCAUUCAAAAUUACUCACUCGUCAGACUACUUUGAUCAGUUAUACCAAUGGGCUGUACAAUUGAUAGAAAAAGGUUUGGCUUAUGUUUGUCAUCAAACUGCUGAUGAAAUGAAGGGUUUCAAUCCCCAGCCAUCACCUUGGAGAGAACGUCCUAUAGAAGAAAACCUUCAACUUUUUCAGGAUAUGAAAAAUGGUAAAAUUGAUGAAGGUGCAGCAACUCUAAGGAUGAAAAUUACACUUGAGGAAGGAAAACUAGAUCCUGUAGCCUACCGAGUAAGGUUUACUCCUCAUCAUCGUACUGGUAAUAAGUGGUGUAUAUAUCCAACUUAUGAUUACACCCAUUGUCUAUGUGAUAGUAUUGAAAAUAUAACUCAUUCAUUGUGCACCAAAGAAUUUCAGUCAAGGCGAUCAAGUUACUACUGGCUUUGUAAUGCUUUGAAUAUUUAUUGUCCCGUCCAAUGGGAAUAUGGGCGACUUAAUAUAAAUUAUACAGUUGUAUCUAAACGAAAAAUAGCUAAACUGAUUGAAGAAAAAAUUGUCAAUGAUUGGGAUGACCCAAGGCUUUUUACUUUAACAGCCCUGAGACGUCGUGGAUUUCCACCAGAAGCAAUAAACAAUUUCUGCGCCCAACUUGGUGUAACUGGAGCCCAAAGUACAGUGGACCCCUCGAUGUUAGAGGCAUAUGUUAGGGAUUACCUGAAUAAUACCGCUCCUAGGCGUAUGGUUGUCUUAGAACCUUUAAAGAUAUCAAUUGAGAACUUUCCUUUUGCUGAACCUGUGAGUGUUGAUGUACCAAAUUAUCCCAAUAAACCAGAGUUGGGUAGUCAUACUGUGGUGUUUGACAGAACAAUUUAUAUUGAAAAAAGCGAUUUUAUGGAGGUAAGGACCAUUUUUUAACUUGGUAGGUAGAAU